AUGGUGAUGACACAGGCAAUAGAAUACCAUGCAGUGGUGAUAUCGUCUGAGGAAUCGUCAUUCACCAUGUUUCAACUGGAUAAGUUGAACUUGUGGAUUUGUAUAGAACUCUAUAGCUCUAAGGCAAAGAAAAUGUUUAUUGCUACUUUGUACAAUGAAGUACAAUGCAUCAGGGUUAUCUUCCAGGAUUACAAUGACCACAACUUCAGAACAUGUGUCACUCAAUGGUUAAAUGAAGGUGGUACUCAUAUGUCCUAUGAGAGCCGCAAUUUCCUAUUGGGCUUUAUCAGCCUCUACCGUGAGGAGGAGUGUCUGUGGCUGACGUCCUCACCAGACUACAGCAACAAACAGAAGAGGGAGGCUGCUUUUAACCGCCUGGUGGAGUACGCCAAGCCCACCUUCUUUGCGGCCUCAGUGGAGUCCAAGAGGUCAGGGGCUGUUGCAGACAAGGUCUAUAUUCCGCAGCUGUGGUAUUCCAAAGAACUAAACUUCCUCCUGGAGAAACGGUCAGCUAAGGAGUCCCUAGUGGUGAUUGCAAAGCCCGAGAAUGGAAGUCUGGAUGUGGAGGAGGCCGAAGGGACACCUGAAGACCUCAGCUGUACCCCUGUCCUCAACAACACAUCAGCAGAGGACCUGAAAUCUCCACAGCUACAGGGUUCCAGGAGGAAGCCACGGAAAACCAAAUUUGUUGAAGACCCGCUACUAUUGGAGGCUCGUUCACAGCUGUUCUGGAAACCUGAUGAAUUUGAUGACUUUGCAUCAUAUGUUAGCAAAACCAUGCGUAAGGUUUCCAAGCAACAGCAAGUAGAGUGCCAGUGCCUGGUGUCACAGGUUUUGUACAAAACACUCACAGGACAACUGAUACCAGAGUGGAACGUUCAUGGGUCAGAACCUCAAGCACCUGCUCCUCAUCUCCCAUUGACCUUCAGUUCACCACCCACGUACUCUUCCUCCAGUACCCAUCCUCCUCCGCAUCCCUGCUACCAUUCCGGUUAUCCGCAACCGUGGACCCCAUCCACCUACCCUUCCUCCACUUUCCAUCCUCCUCAAACCCCACCCCCAUCCACCACCCUUCCCCCCGCUAUCCAAUCUCCUCCUCAACCCAGCUACCCUUCCCAAGCCAGCCACAUAUCCACAGUCCCCUCCGCAAUUUUAACCUCCUUGAGGUUACAGGGGGGACAAGAGGAGGUGGAGGAGACAAGUCUCUUUCAAAUGUAGGUUGAUUCUCAUUUACUGCUGCCCUUGUUAUACAUACCAACAGAUGUGGUGCUUUCUGAUACUGCGGUGAGUGUCAACGCUU